AUGGCCAUGAAAGAUGAAUUUAUGUUUCUAACAGUGCUUGUCCCUGGGCCUAGUAGUCCGAAAAUGCAUUUGGACAUUUUUCUGCAGCCUUUGAUAGCAGAACUGAACCAUCUGUGGGAAUUUGGAACCCGUACAUACGACAUCCAUAAGCGGCAAAAUUUUCAACUGAAAGCGGCACUUAUGUGGACGAUAAAUGAUUUUCCGGCUUAUUCGAUGUUGUCUGGAUGGAGCACAUCAGGACAAAAGGCUUGUCCACACUGUAUGGAAAAAACAGACGCGUUCACGCUACCAAAGAGUCGGAAACAGUCGUGGUUUGAUUGCCAUAGAAAAUUCUUACCUGAUUCACAUACCUUUCGAAAUAACACUCGAGAUUUCAUAAAGGGCAAAAAAGAAAAAACUAAGUUCCGUGGGGUCAAAACAGGAAGUGUAAUUAUAACAGAGAUUGAUAGACUUGGUUUUAAAAAGGCAUAUGAGCCUGGGGCUGCGGCAGUUAAUGAGCAUAAAUCGAAGAGUCACGGGUGGCAUAAGAAAAGCAUCUUCUGGGACUUGCCAUAUUGGGAAACGAACUUAAUUCGCCAUAAUCUCGAUGUCAUGCAUAUUGAGAAAAAUGUGUUUGACAACAUUUUCAACACAGUUCUCAAUGUCCCGGGAAAAACAAAAGAUCAUGCAAAAUCCAGAGAAGAAUUGAAUGAUUUUUGUGAACGACCAGAUCAAGCAUUGGAUGAGGAAACUGGUAAAUAUCCGAAGGCAUCAUAUGCUUUGGAUACAGAAUCGAAGAAAAUUCUACUCGAAUGGGUUAGGAAUUUGAAGUUUCCUGAUGGUCAAGUCUCAAAUUUAGGAAGGUGUGUCGAUCAAAAAAGUCAAAAAAUGACUGGCAUGAAAACCCAUGACUGCCAUGUUUUCAUGCAGCGACUUUUACCUGUUGCCUUUCGAGAACUUCUUCCAAAAGAGGUGUGGGAGCCUAUCACAGAGUUGAGUAUAUUCUUCAAACAGCUAACUUGUACAUCGCUUAACGAGGCUGAUCUAAUUGAUAUGGAGAAGGAUAUUGCCAAGAUACUAUGCAAGUUGGAACGUUUCUUCCCACCCAGCUUUUUUGACUCAAUGGAACAUCUACCCGUGCACCUUCCGUAUGAAGCAAAGAUUGCAGGUCCUGUCCAGUAUCGAUGGAUGUACCCAUUUGAGAGAUAUUUGGGGAAACUGAAAAAAAUGGUAACUAACAAAGCUAAGGUCGAAGGAAGCAUUGCGAACGGAUACAUGUAUGGAGAGAUAACCAAAUUUGCGUCAUUUUAUUUUAACGACGGCGAUCCGAUGUUACCUGAUCGGAUGGGAAGAAAUGAAACUCGUGAUGAUGACGCAGAUGAUGACUACAUUAAUUAUUUCAAAAGAUUAAGAAACAUUGUGUUUUUUCUUAAAAGUCUGUUCGUAGAUGAGUUGAACGAAAACAAUCCCGGUAUCUCUGAAAGGGAAAUAAUCGUAAAGCUGGAGAGAGAAUUUCCUGAAUGGUUUCAACGAUAUGCGCAAUGUCCAUCAAAUCGGGUAACUAACCCGUACAUUUCGAGUCUGGCCCAGGGCCCGCUUAGACAAGUGAAGAGUUUUCUCGGAUAUAUUGUCAACGGGUUUAAAUUUCGGACUCAGGCGUCUGGGGAGAAUCAAGACACCAUGAAUAGUGGAGUAUGUGUCAAAGGGUCACUUUAUGGUCCAGAGGAAAGUGACUUUUAUGGCAUUUUGACAGACGUAAUUGAGUUGGAGUACCCGGCAAUGCCAAUUAAAAAGACUGUCUUAUUUAAAUGUGAUUGGUUUGAUCCAACAAACGGUGUCGGUAUGACAAUGCACUCUCAAUAUAACAUUGUGGACGUAAAUCAUACAAGGAAGUACAGAAAAUAUGAACCAUUCAUUUUAGCAGGGCAAUCCGGCCAAGUACACUACUGUAGCUACCCAAGCAAAAGACAAAAUAGAAAGAAUUGGUGGUCGGUUUGUAGGAUGAAGGCCAAAUCAGAGAUUGACAUGCCCGAGGCUAUCACUCCGGCGUUGCAAGAAGAUAUUCCACAACCCCCUCUGAAUGUUAUAACAAAUGAGGAACCAACGAUUUUGGUUGACCCAGAAGGGGAAGUAGAAGUGUCGGCAUAUGAAGAAGCAGAUAUCGAGAAUGAAGAAGUGAUAUCGUCGGACGAAGAAGUAUGUUAUGACGACGACGAUGAUGAUGAUAUUGACUAG